CUUUCUAUAAGGCUUCCUGUAAGGCUUCCCAUGGGACUUACAAAGACGAGGCUAUAGACUAGAGGCGGGGUUAUCAACUGCGUUUAUUCCCUCGUGGCAGUCUCGAGUUCAAUGCUUACUCGGCGGCAAGCGUAUCAAUAACAGCAUUGUGCGUGUAUCUCUUCGUCCAUCUACUAUCAAACGUGUCAUGGAAGUCAUCCGGGUCAUCGCCGCCGUUCCCGGUCUGAUUGAAAUCGUUAAAACGACCAAAUCGGCAAUAUGCAGCCUCGCGAGCAAGACCGCUUUCGUGAAAGAAACAUCACAGCUGGUCACCGAGCUUGAAGCAGUGACUGAAUUGCUAGGUGAAAUUGAAGAACGAUGGAAGAACAUUUCUCUAAGUCCAGGCCAAAUUCAACGUCUUCCAGCCGCCAUUACUUCCCUCCGCAGUGACCUAUCGUCUCUGAACCAGCUUAUCGCGUCAUCGGGGGUCGCAACAAACGGGCCACGACUUGUCAAGCGUGCGAAGAUGUUGGCAAACGGCUAUGGCAAAAAGCUCAAGCACCAUGUUGAUCGGCUUGAACGAUCCAAAUCCUCUCUAGCAAUUCUUUUACUGAAUAAGAAUACAACCGAUAUUCAAGGUAUCCUAUCAGGCUCCCGAAUAAAUAGCCAACUCCAGCUUGAAACAACUCUACGACCGUGCGGCCAUGCCUUUAUACCCCGGAGACUCGACGGCACGUGCGAAUGGGUCUGGAACCAUCCUGGAUUUAGAUGUUGGGCGCAACGAGCCAUAGGAAUUUCAUCGAAUGACACGUCAGAAAUCAUCGAGCGCGUCUUUACUAUAUACGGUGUCAAAGGUUGUGGUAAAUCUGUCCUUGCGCGGUCCAUCAUGGACCGUUUCAAGACACUUGACCAUAUUUCUAUACUCUUCUCAUUCUGGGCAGAAAGUGGUAGCCAGAGAAAACUAAUUGAUCUUCUUCGCACUGCGCUGUGGCAUCUUUUACAGAACGUUUCGGAUGCGGUAUUUCGCGAGAUUUCGGUUUCAAUAGUCAAAAGCUUGCCACUUAAUACUGGCAACUUACAGGCAGCCAUGUCCACCGCCCUCAAAGCGAUCAAGCCCGACGUCUACUGCAUUAUCGAUGGAGUCGACGAAUCAAUCGAUGAUUGGACACGACCUGGGGACGGGUGCUUAAAAGUCAUACUUGGGCUUGUUCAGGACCACCCUAAUUUUCAUGUUCUCUUUCUCGGACGAGAGUCAUCUCUCAUUGCGACACUAAAAGCUGCACCCAGGAGCCUGGAGAUAACUCAAGAAAUGGUGGUGGGCGACAUGGACAAAUUGAUAGCAUCCGAGCUUCGCCAGUGUUCAAACAUCCAAAGUGUAGCACUUCGACAGGAGGUCUACGAAACAAUCAAGGCUAAAUCGAAUAUAAUGUUUCUCUGGGUUAUCCUCGUCUUCAGACAACUGAACCAGUGCUUCAGCGAUUCUGAAGUAAAGCACGAGUUGAAGAACACCCCUAGGGACUUGGAUCGAGAAUUGACUCGUAUCUUUCGCCGGCUUCUGGAAAGAACUAGCGGCACUUCUUUUAGACCUUCGAUGUCGAUGAAGCGAGCGAAACGAUUGCUAUCAAUUAUGAUGGCUGCAGCCGAACCUAUGACUGCUCCCGAGCUGUGUCAUGCGUACGCUGUCCAGGUUAAUCCCACUCAAAGCUACACGGACGAUCUUCUCACGAAAGAAGGCAUCGUCAAUGCGUGUGGUGACUUUGUGCGAGUGACAAGCGAUCGUUACCACAUUGCUCACUCGACAGUCACGAACUUUUUGACCCGUCCCUUGUCCGAAUGGCUGCCUGAAGACCAAGACAUUCUCUUCUUCCAAGUUGAUCUCCUGGAUGCGCAGAAGGCCAUGCUCUUUUCCUGUCUUGAUUACUUUAAUUUGUUAAACCUAGGAUAUCCUUUGGUCGAGGAGUCAUCCACCACAUUGCCGACUCGAUAUCCCCUCUUCUCGUACGCGUUGAAUUUUAUACCUUUCCACGUACUCCAACUCCGUUCCUAUGGACCUAGUUCAUGUCUCACCACUAAACUUGAGGAGUUCUUCCACACAACUCAAUUUUGCGCCAUGGUUGAAUUCAUGAUUCGAACUGUCACAGAAGAAUCCUGGACUGUUGUUUAUAGAUAUAUCGAGCUCGUUCUAAGCGAUGUUGGUGGACUUGAGAACGAUUCAGCCAGUUUGAUAGAGCUCAACGUGGAUCCAUCCGUGAUCUUUGCCAAUGAGUCGUUACGCCGGCAGAAAUUCUUUGGACCAGAAGAUCCUCGCACGCAAUCUUGGAACUUGUUGGCAACUGCAUUGGCAAUGUCAUCCAUCAAAGUGGGUGAUGAGCUAAAUAUCAAAGUGCGACAUGUAUCAGAUAGUACUGAUGAUCAUCAGACUGCUCAGAGUCACUCAAUGCAAACAACGACAACCCCGGAUGGCAAUGGAAAAGUACUACUGCCCGGCAAGAUCCCCACUGUCGUAUCCAAUAAUGUAUUGCUUGCUGUCAUGCAGCGCUUCGAUACAAAAGAGCACCUUGUUGCAUCAUCCAAGAAAGCCCAGUUGGCUGUAUCAACUUCACUGUUUAAACCCCUUCUCACAAUCAUCAACAAAUUAGUUCUCUCACCAAUGUGGAUUGUACCGCCGUCCUGUCUGUUACUCUGUGCCUGGGUUAUCGAACGUGGUUGUCGGGAAACCCCCGAACAGAUUGCUCAAGCAAGAAACCUGGUAUCUUUGGCUCGAAAAAAACUUAAAAACAAGCAGAAUUUCUGGGAAAGCAUGGCUAUUUGCUAUGAGGUCUGGCUGACAGACGGUAGGUGGGAUGAAGCUGUGGAGUGUUUGAUCAUGCAAUCUCUCGCGAUAUCCAAAAGUCUACCGCCAUUACCUCAUAUUGAAGCAUUGACGAUGCAAAGCCUUAUCCACCUCGUCGUUUGCCUCAUCGAUAUGGAGCGGCCUGAAGAGGCAAGAGAAAUGGCACGUCAACUUGAGAGCCAGGUGAAUGGACAGGACAGAUUGGGAAAAGAGCAAAGCAGGCUGGUACGUGCAGUCUACAAAUCAAAAACAUGGGGGAUUCAAAAGUUGUGGGCGAUCAACGUAGCAGCUGUAGACAUCUAUGACACCAACAUUGCAGAGGCAGAGACAAUGUUUCGAUCUGCUAUCAAGAACUUCGACAAGUUUAAUACCACGCAGCUCUCAACGCGUGGGAACCGCCAGUACCGCGUAGCCCUCACAUGGCAUUACCGGUGUCUCUGCAAUAUGAAACAGUUUGCAGAAGCAGAAGUCGCUUAUCGCCGAUAUAUUCAGUUUUCACAGACUCUACCAAAGCAUGAAAGGGAGUGGAGGCGACUAGAAGGGAUAUCGAAUCUUCGCUUCUCUCUUUUAUGCCAGGACAAAACAGAUGAAGCCAGACAGUGGAUGGUUUCUGUUCAACUUCCGACAACUAAUGGUCCGGAAGAUUCGGGAACAAAUCAAUCCCACAGCACAGAAUGGUUGCUUUACAUGGAGGAGCUCGGCUUUGAUUGGUUUCUCCUCGGGGAGUUCGACAAAGCAACUCAAACUUUUCAAGAUAUCAUUGCAUAUAAUGGCAAAGAAGGGCCGACUAGGAGCACAGAGAUACGUACUGCCCACAGGCCAUCACAGAGACUCAAUACUUUGAAAUUCAGCGAAGAGGCACAAACUUCGGCCUUCCAUUCCCUGGACGUAUGGAGAGCCUCAGAGAAUACCGAGCGCGAUGAGAUCAAGUGGUUGCACGAUAAAACCGGCUCCCUUUGGUCGCGGCGGCAGAGUCAGCUUCCACAAGUAUGGGAAAUGGUACAUUUUAGACUCAUCGACCUGUCACAAGAAAAGUAUGGACUCACCCGCAUGCUGGAUCUCUAUGAUGACUUAGCUUGCCUCUACGCUGAUUCCGGAGAACUACAAGCCAGCGUCAACGUUUGCGCGGAGGUAGUGCGUCAGUUAACUGUCGACAAAACCCGAGGGGAUAAGUUUAUCUACACUCUCCGGUUCAGCUCCAGAGCCCUGCUGUAUAGGGGCAAAUACACUGAGUGUUUGCUAGUCUGCAAAUCACUAGACUGGCUGUUGCGUAUGCGCUAUGGGAUCGAAUGUUGCUGCCACCAUCUACCCCUUGCAUAUGAAUGCAUCAGCAUUGCGUAUAUUGUGGUGAAACGAGAGGCCUCUAAGUCUCUCCCAUUCCUCCUUGAAUGUCAACGACACUGUGAAGCUAUAAAGAAGAUUCUGAGCCGACCGAAUGUUUCCAAUGAGGUCAACCAUCCUUUGCCACGGCACUUCUUCUUGCAUGGCGAGGUAAAUGAGACAGGCUCGGGCACCUUCGACUAUAACGUACUGGUGGAUGGUCUGCUUGCAGAAAUCGCAGAUUUUUACGAUAAAUACGAUAUCCGAGGCUUCGAAAGUAAUCUUUCACAGGACAACAUUUCCGCUUUAUUGGUAAACAAGGAAGAUCGUAAGGAGGUGGCGAGACGACGAAGCUUCUCAGACUCUCAGGAAAUGAAUGGAAAUACGUCCUUUGUACGUCUUCGGAGACAUAGUUUUUAACGUGGGAUGUAUGUGAUUCUUGAUUCUGUUGUUGAAAGUACUAUAUACUAACGCUUUGAUCACAUUGUGACUGCAUUCAACGACCUCCUCGGUGCGGGAACAAGAAGCC